CGCCACCUGGUAAAACGGCAAUUGUGCUUACUCAUCACGCAAUCACGCAUUCACGCCCAUGGGCCAUGACGCUUACGGUAUCAGAAGCGUGGUUUGGUCUCGUAGUCGUUGUCUUCAUGCAGUAAAAUAUUAAAAUAAUAAGAUAGUAUUUUUAAUUGUUGUACUAAUACAUUUUAAAUUUUAUAUUUUUUUAUUUAAACAUCACUAUUGAUUUAUUUUCAACGAAAAUUACAAUGAAUAACAAGGAUCGGACGUUUUCGAAAAGAUCCGAAGACACCAAUCGUUUAAUGCUCCCAAGCGUUCGUGAGAUAUUAGAGAAUAAAGAUAGGCUCGACGAGGAAGAUCGAGUAUUCAUUGAAGAGAAUUUUAAUGAUGAAGAUUUCAUUGACAUCAGUGUAAGUCAACAGGUAUCUGCAGUUACUAAAUUAAAAACUUACUAUGGAAACUCUUCAUGGAAUGCAUCAAUGAAGGAGGAAAUCGUAAAUUAUAUUUCAGUUCUUGGAGAAUUUUUCAAAAUGCAUACUUUACGCAUCCAUUUACCAUCAUUUAAGUUGCUCUUGAUUUAUCAUAUGAUAUGUGCAUAUAAAGAUAGGCUCAAUGAAUUUGAUUAUUAUCAACGAGUACAAAUCAUUGAGUCGAUUGAUCCAAUCGAUAAAUAUGUAGCUAAAUUACUACGCCGUGGCUAAAUGGAAUUUGUAAUUUGCAUUACGUUAGUAUCCAACACUGGUAACACUGAUACAGACCUAGUAGAAUUAAUUAUUAUUUCACAAGUCAUCGAAAAUUAAAUUUGUAUGAACCUAUUAACUAAAAAAUGAUUAAUAAUUUUUUAUAUAGUAUACUUAGCAGGCACACAUUUAAUAACUAAAUAUCUUUAACAGUUAACAGUUAAAAUAAAGUUUGACAAAGUAGAGAAGUGCUCCAACAAAUUUAGAUGUAUUUCAUUUAUGCUUGUUAUAGUGAUUUUCCCAACUUUGUAAUGGUGAUUACAGAAUAAUAGAAUGAAUUAUUACUCGUUUUAUUAGAUUACUAUUUACUACUUAUCUUAAUGUUUAAUUUUUUAAAUUGAUACUUAUUUUAUACUACAAAAUUAAUUUUUAAUUAUUGUAAUCAAAUACAAACUUCUUAUUGUGUCCGGUGCUGGAACUAUAUGGCAUAUUAUGCUAUUACAUUAAUAAAUACAAUAAAACUUAAAUAUUUAAAAA